GUUAAGAAGCCUUAAUUUAAUGCUUAAUUCAAUCCUCCAGUACUGAGAAAAGAAGGCAGAGAGAAGUUUUUGUGAGGAGCGUUGUCCUAAAGAUAUUUUUGUAGAGGCAUUUUAAAAAUGCUACUGGCGGCUGCUGCAGAUUUGUGUUUUCUUUUCCCUUUAAAACCUCGGGGGCGGAGGCAAGCGCCUGAAUGCGUGGAGGGCUCCGCAGCCCUGUCCGUCAAGAGAAAGGUCCGGGGUCUGGAAGUCCCUUUCCCCGCCCACCCACCAGCGGCCGCGCAUGCGCGGACCCGGCGGGUUGGGUAGCUGUCGGCCGGGAAAUGGCGGCUGCGGGCUUGGUCGCUGUGUCCACAGCUGCAGAGCAUUCUGGCCCCGUAGCGUCGGGAGGCAACCUCUCUGGUGUUAACUGCGGCCCAAGCGCCGGGACAGGUCCCGGUCCUGGCCCGGGCUCGUGGAGCCGGUCCCUCGAUCGAGCGCUGGAGGAGGCGGCGAUAACCGGGGUGCUGAUCCUGAGCGGCCGGAAACUGAGGGAGUUUCCCCGGGGAGCGGCCAACCACGACCUGACGGACACCACCCGGGCGGAUCUGUCACGAAAUCGCCUCUCAGAAAUUCCCAUAGAAACAUGUCAUUUUGUUUCUCUUGAGAAUCUCAACUUAUACCAAAAUUGUAUUCGUUAUAUACCAGAGGCAAUUCUAAACCUACAAGCUCUAACAUUCUUAAAUAUUAGUCGGAACCAACUGUCAACACUGCCAGUACAUUUGUGUAAUUUACCAUUGAAAGUCUUAAUUGCUAGUAAUAACAAAUUGGUCUCACUUCCAGAAGAAAUUGGACAUCUCAGACAUUUAACAGAACUUGACGUGAGCUGCAAUGAAAUUCAAACAAUACCUUCUCAAAUUGGUAAUUUGGAGGCCUUGAGAGACCUCAACCUCAGAAGAAAUCACUUAGUACGUUUGCCAGAAGAGCUGGCAGAGUUGCCUUUGAUACGGUUAGACUUCUCCUGCAAUAAAAUUACAGCAAUCCCUGUUUGUUAUCGGAACCUCAAGCACCUACAGAUGAUUGCCCUAGAUAACAAUCCAUUACAGUCUCCUCCUGCACAGAUAUGCAUAAAAGGCAAAAUUCACAUAUUUAAGUACCUGAACAUACAAGCUUGUAAGAUUGCUCCAGAUCUGCCAGAUUAUGAUAGGAGACCCUUGGGUUUUGGCUCCUGCCACGAAGAACUAUACUCAGGUCGCCCUUAUGGAGCCCUUGAUUCAGGUUUCAAUAGUGUUGACAGUGGUGAUAAGAGAUGGUCGGGGAAUGAACCUACAGAUGAAUUUUCAGAUCUGCCUCUUCGAGUAGCAGAAAUUACUAAAGAACAAAGACUACGAAGAGAAAACCAGUACCAAGAGAAUCGCAGCAGUGUAGUAGUAGCAAAUGGAGUGGAACACGAUCUGGAUCAAAUUGACUACAUUGACAGCUGUACUGCAGAGGAAGAAGAGGAUGAGGUGAGGCAACCCAAGGGCCUGGACUCAGACAGCCUCAGUUCACAGUUUAUGGCAUAUAUUGAACAACGGCGAAUCUCUCAUGAGAGUUCACCAAUAAAACCAGUACCCACGAGGGAGUUUCAAAAAACAGAAGACAUAAAAAGAUAUUCACAUCAAAACAGGGUUCCAGUUGGGCCAUCUUCUUCACUGUUACCAAGUCACAAUCAGCUAUCACAUACAGACUUAGAACUUCCUCAGAGAAGAGAACAAUUAGUAGAGCGCACUAGGAGAGAGGCACAGCUUGCUGCCCUACAGUAUGAGGAGGAGAAAAUAAGGACCAAGCAGAUUCAGAGAGAUGCUGUCCUGGACUUUGUCAAACAGAAAACAUCACACAGUCCACAAAAACAGCAACACCCCUUAGAUGGUGAGUGUCCCUUCCCAUCCAGAAGGUCUCAACACACUGAUGAUAGUGCCUUGUUAGUGUUGCUGUCAGGGUUGAAGCAAGUGGGCUAUGCUGGUAUCCUGCCUCACUCUUCUGCCUUCACACCUCUUAAGAAUGAUGACAGACCUAAUGCUGUAUCAAGUCCACCUACAACAGAAACAGUUCAUCAUUCUCCUGCAUAUUCUUUUCCUGCUGCUACCCAGAGAAACCAGCCCCAGCGCCCUGAAAGCUUCCUUUUCCGAGCAGGUGUCAGGGCAGAAACAAAUCAAGGUCAUGGUUCAACCCUUCUUUCAUCUUCUGAACCUACCACUGAUUCUACAGAUCCCAUAACAAGACAGAAUACAAGGCAGAGAGAAGAAGAACUGGAAUCAAUAGAUCAGCUACGGAAACAUAUUGAGUACCGUUUGAAAGUAUCUCUGCCUUGUGAUCUUGGAGCAGCUCUAACCGAUGGUGUUGUUCUUUGCCAUUUGGCCAAUCAUGUGUGGCCUCGAUCUGUCCCAAGUAUUCACGUUCCCUCACCAGCUGUACCUAAAUUGUCAAUAGCAAAAUGCAGGCGAAAUGUGGAGAAUUUCCUAGAAGCUUGCAGAAAAAUUGGUGUGCCUCAGGAGCAAUUAUGUUUGCCUCUCCACAUUUUAGAAGAGAAAGGUUUGAGCCAGGUUGCAGUGACGGUCCAGGCUCUCCUGGCACUCGCCCCACCCAAGCAGCAGCAGCACCAGUUAUCUGCUGUUUAAGGACUCCCAGCACUCCGGGUAUUGCCUGGCCAAAACGGAACAGGACAACACCAUCACGCUGCCAGCCGUCUGCUUAAACAGAGCUCUAACAUGUUCUUAAAAGGGACUGUUUCCAUGAUUCCUAACAGGAAUAUUUUGCUUCAUUUCUCCAUUUUAGGGGAGGUUAUAUCCAUUUCCAUUGAAUUGUUUUUGAAGACCCGGUUGGUUUUCACAAAUGAAAUGUAAUCCUGUCAUUGCUGAGAACCAACACUGAUGCCUAACCUGGCUAUGCUUUCCUGGAGCGAAGGGUUUCCCCGCACACCAGAGAGCUCAGAGGAUAGUUCGCUCUCCUGAAGGCACAGACAGGCUGUUACCUUACCUGUUCCCAAGACGUCUAGCGCACUGGUUUCUAAACGUGGUUGUUCAGUAGAGUCUCCUGGAGCAUUUGCUAACAUACAGGUCCUAUUCAGUAGAGUCUAGUAUGGCCUGGAUAUUUGCAUUUUCAACAAACAUUCCAGGUAUUUCAUGUAAUAGACACAACCGUUCCAAGCUAGAUAUUUGUAUGAUUGGGGGAAGUAAUGACUCCACUGUUUUUCAGCCACAUUUAAAAUCAAAAGCUAUAUGAUGACUACUUGGACUUUUUGUCCAAGGCAAAACAAAAAAUGUAGAAGGCCUAGAUUUUGUAUAGUAAAACAAUGGAACAAAGUUGUAUUUAAGCCCAGUGUCCUAGGCCCUGGACUGUUCCAAAUCCUCGGGCCAGUAACCUGCGCUAAGCAGCAUUUGCUUUGACUUCCUUGAGCCCCCCCUCCCUCUUCAGCCCCCAUGCUGCGCCCAGAAUCCCUGGGCCUGCCAACACCUUCCAGUCACAGCAGUACACUUCCAGCUCCCCGACUAAUGGAAGACCAUGAAAACAAAGCAGAAGGAAUAAGGGAACAGCCAAGAGUCUUCUCUUUCUUUCAGGUAACUGUCAGUUCCAGUGGCUGAACUAAAGCGCUUGCGGCAUCUUAAAAACAGCUGGCUGCCUUUUCAUCCCGCUCCACCACUAGUGCCUGUUCCCCCAAUUGUGUGGAAUAGAAGGGCCCGAGGUCUCUGCAGCACAAAGCCAGGGGCCGCUAUCUAAGCCUCUGGGGGGAGUUUAACCCUCGUGAGUCUUUCUUCCUCUAUAUUUUGAACCCUUUUUAGUUGUCGGUGGUAUGUUUUGGUCACUGUCUUUAUAAACCAAGUAAAUAGCAUAAGUGAAAAUACUAAUUAUCUAGGGUUUUUUUUUCUGUUGUUGACUAUUCUGGGUUUUCUUUACCAAUGCAUGCAUUUGAGCAUAAUGUUCUCACUCUUUUUAUCAUGUAAACGCAGCAUCUAAAAGUAACUUUGGAUAAAAUAAUGUUUAGUAUCUGAUAAAUCAGUGUUUUCUACUGUUCUCAUAAGGAAACAAGUUCAUCAGAACAUUACCACUAGUCCUAGUUUAAAAUUAUAUAACACAGAACAUCUGCACUCAAAGCCCAAUGCUUAGGGUCCUCACAGAACAAAGUAAAAUGUCUCUUAAGUGCUUAGAGCCAGACCCAUUAACAGUUCCAAACACACCCACCAAUCAUGUGACUUGUUUAGAAUUUAGUUACAUGUAUUUUUAAACUAUAGGUAUUUUUCCUUCUAGUCAACGUUAAACCUCAGUACUACUUCCAAAUCAUAGCGAGCCAUUUGAAUGAAACUCAGCAAAGGACAGGACUCUGUCACAUAUUAUGCAAGGAAUAAUCCCAGAAGACAUACCUAAUGCAACAUUCAGAACAUUUGCAACUAAUUUUCCCAGAGGAAUAAAUGGAAAUUUUAAUUUAUUUCAAAUUUUACACAUAGCAUGAAACCUGUUAAUGUGUUUUUAUCAAAUUUUACAUUUGAAUUGCUAGAAAAAAAUUGUACAGUUUUUGUUGAUGAUGAAAGGAAAAUAUCAAAUGUAUUGAAUUUCUUUUCUGUGUCAAGAUGAGAAAACAAAUCAUGAUUUUUUUUGUUGAAAAUUAUUUGUAUUCAGUAUUUUAUUUGUACCUUUGGGUUUGUUUUUGCUUUUUAUUUUAAGCCUUAUUGAGGUAAAAUUUAUAUGUCACAAAAUUCUGUUGCUUUAUAGUAAUGUGCAAUUUUUUAAGUUGUACCUUUGUUUUUUUUAACUGAAAAAUACGGUUUAACAUUUAGCCUUGCCAGAUACUAAUGAAGAUGACUUUGUAACAGUCCCACCUAACCAUUUAUUUAUGAACUUCCUAUUGAAGCAGCAACCUUCCCAGUGCUGAAGUGUGAAGGAAGAAAAGGCUGUGCCCACCCACCUGGGCCCUGCCAACUACAGGGAUUGUAAGUCAGCGGGUUUCUGGACUUUCAAACUCAUAAAUGCUCGGCACUCCAAACCAUUUUUCUCUGGAAACAACUCGUAGGAGGAGGAGGCUUACUAGUAGGUCACUUUUCUUUAUAAAAAUACAGUCUUACAGCCAAUCAAGGAAUCUGAUUUCUCUUAGUUGCUAUUGCUCAGCAGUGACGAAUGAUGUGCCUAUGCUGAUGAGUGUGAUGAAUUUUUAAAAACUAAGCACUUAAAUGGUUAUAGAAAUGAAGGAAAACAUGGAUAUUUUGAAGGUUUUUUAUAUACAUAUUGCAGUGAGAUGGUUUACAGCAGAUUUUAUUUCUGAAAAUGUUGUAAACAUGUAAUUAGUAAAAGAAUUUGUGAAAUGUUGUCCUAUAUUUGUAUGUCUGUAAAUAUGAUGCGUAAGUUCUAACUAUAAAUAUGUCAAUAUCAUGUAUGUUAUUUUAAAUUGCCUGUAUGCCACCUUACACUUCCACAUUAAAAUAAAAACCAACACUUCAAUAGCAUGA